AGGUUUGGAUCUUACAGCGAUGGCUUUCUACAAAGUGAUGUGUUUGGCUGCUGGGCUGAUGCUCCUGACCCAAGAGUCUGAGUCACAGCUGAAUGUUUGUGGUCAACCAAAGCUCAACACCAGGAUUGUAGGAGGACAGGUGGCCCGCGAUGGCAGCUGGCCCUGGCAGGUCAGUCUGCAAAGAUCUGGGUCCCACUUCUGUGGAGGAUCCCUCAUUAACAGUCAGUGGGUGCUGACUGCUGCUCACUGCUUUGCAACCACCAACCCAAGAGGACUGACUGUGAUUCUGGGCCGUCGGAGUCUACAAGGAUCUAAUCUCAAUGCAGCGUCUCGAACUGUAAAACAGAUCAUCAACCAUCCAAACUACAACUCUAAUACCAACAACAACGACAUCUGCCUCCUGCAGCUCUCCUCACCGGUGACUUUCAACAACUACAUUUCUCCCGUCUGCCUGGCAGCUUCAAACAGCAUCUUCUACAGCGGUGUUAACAGCUGGGUCACCGGCUGGGGAAGUACUAGAGAAGGAGGUGGGUCAUAA